AUGCCCCGCAACGCAGUCCCCGACGCAUGGGAUGACGAUUGGGAGCCCGAAGCCGCAGCCUCAAAAACACCUUCAACACAAAUACUGCGCAGCACCGGCAGCAGUCCCGAUGGCGGCGUGCCUCUGACCACCGCAGAACGAAUUGCUCGGCAUGAGGAGUCCAAUCGGCGGCUAUGGCAGUCAGCCGACGCACCAGAGGAUCUCCAGCCGCACCAGUACCUUCCGGCAACCAACAACGUGACCCCCGUCGUCUUCAAGCCGGCCAUGAAGGUCCUCAGCCGCAGGCCGGGCAACACACCCAUCGAUGACAGCGAAAGGCUGGCCACCACGACCCAACAGCCGACGCAGGAGCAGAUGCGCUUGCAGCGCGAGGAAAAGCAGCGCAGGUAUAACGAGGCCCGGGCUAAAAUCUUUGGCGAACCGUCGACGUCUCCGUCUGCCGCAAACUUGACGGGCGCGACCAACUCGGGUGCCUCCACCCCGGGGACCGUCACCCCGCCGCUUUCGGAUGGUGGUGCAGGGGUUGCCUCGGCGAGGCACAGGCGGAGGGGUAGCAGGGGCAAUGGGCGAGGCAGAGGCGACGGCGGUGGCCGUGGUGGGGGCGGGAUGAGCAACAACCACAAUUUCAGCGGCCAGGGCCAGAUCAACAACAGCAACAGCAACCUCAACAGCGAUGCUCAAGGAGCUCUAUGA